AGCCAGGGAGGGAGGGAGGGAGGGAGGGUCGAGCCGGCAGCGACACAAAGACGCGGAGCGCAAGUCGGCGAGCGGCGGAGAGACAUAGACAAAGAGCAGGCGGCCGCAACUCUCUUUCUUUAUAUGGGGGAGGAGAGAGGUGGGGAGGAUUAACCGGCUGAUCUGCAACACGCGCCACACAUAUCGCAUCACCGGGGAUCAGCAUCAUCACCGGCGGCAGGCGAGAGAGAGACAAAGAGGGAGACGACCGGGGACCGGAACACCAUCUGGGAAGAGGCAGACUGGGAGGAGAGAGACUGACGGACGGCAGAAACGCGAGGGGGACGGACCCGCGGCCUUCAUCACCUCCAGUCGCGUUCGUGUGCUAUGGCCGACCACAUGUUCCCGCAGCCGUGUGUGUGCUGAGCGCUCUGUCUGUGGUGGGUGUGUUUGGGUCCAAGUGUGUGUGUGUGUGUUUGUGUGAUGGGGAACGCCGAGAGUAUGGAGAGCCAGCUGGCCGUGAUCCGGUCCAGAGCCGCACCGGUCCGACUCCCCAUGCCUGACGCUGCCGAGCUGGAGGAGAGGUUCUCCAUCGCACUGAAUUCGAUGAACCUCCCCCCGGACAAGGUGCGCUUGCUGCGUUCCUAUGACAACGAGAAGAAGUGGGAGCUCAUCUGCGAUCAGGAGAGAUUCCAGGUGAAGAACCCGCCGCACACCUACAUCCAGAAGCUGCGAGGAUUCCUCGACCCGGCGGUCACCCGCAAGAAGUUCCGAAGGCGGGUCCAGGAGUCCACUCAGACUCUGCGAGAACUGGAGAUCUCUCUUCGCACAAACCACAUCGGGUGGGUUCGGGAGUUUCUCAACGAGGAAAAUCGAGGGUUGGAUGUCCUGGUUGAGUAUUUGUCCUUCGCUCAGUACGCCGUCACGUUUGACAACGAGCAGCCAGAGUCCGGAGGAGACGGGACUUCCAUCGACUCUCCGUGGAGUCGCUCCAUCGAGGAUCUCCACGGCGACUGCAGUCUCCCGUCCCCUUCGUCCUCCGCGGCCAGAACGGCUCGGCACUCCAUCAGUAGUUCCACCUUGGUAACUCGCUCCAACACGCUACCCAGUAGUCGCACGUUGAAAAACUCCAGACUCGUCUGCAAGAAAGACGACGUCCACGUGUGCAUCAUGUGUCUCCGAGCCAUCAUGAACUACCAGUACGGAUUCAACAUGGUCAUGUCUCAUCCGCACGGAGUCAACGAAAUUGCUCUGAGCCUCAACAACAGGAACGCAAGGACGAAGGCUCUGGUGUUGGAGUUGUUGGCGGCCGUGUGCUUGGUCAGAGGAGGACACGAGAUCAUCCUGUCGGCCUUCGACAACUUUAAAACGGUGUGCUCGGAGUCCAUGCGUUUUGAAAAGUUAAUGGAGCAUUUCAAAAACGAAGACGACAAUAUCGACUUCCUGGUGGCCUGCAUGCAGUUCAUCAACAUCGUGGUGCACUCGGUGGAGGACAUGAACUUUCGAGUGCAUCUGCAGUACGACUUCACCAAACUCAACCUGGACGACCACCUGGAGAGACUGAAGCACACGGAGAGCGACAGAUUACAGGUGCAGAUCCAGGCCUACCUGGACAACGUGUUUGACGUCGGAACGCUGCUGGAAGACGCCGAGACGAAAACCGCGGCGCUGGAACGGGUGGAAGAACUGGAGGAGAACUUGAGUAGCAUGUCGGAGCGGCUGCUCGACGUCGAAAACGAGGCCAUGCUGAAGAUCGUGGAACUGGAAAAACAGCUGAUGCAAACGAACAAAGAGCUCGACCAACUCCGGGACGUCUAUGCCAACGCCAACACGCAGGUCCACACGCUGAGGCGGAUCGUUCGGGAGAAGGACCAGACCAUCCGCCGUCAGAGUCGUCUGGAGCGACAGGCCCACGAGGCCCAACAGGCCGGCGGUCCCGGAGCUCCUCAACCCCAACGAGGAGAAGGCGACGGGGGUGUGGCUAACUCCGCCUCACCCUCUCCUCCUCCCUGCUCCGCUCUCUCCCCCAGCCCCGAGACGGUGGCCUAUCAUAACAUGGGACCGGGAAUGGGCGGUGCUCCAGAUAUGCCGGCUCCACCCCCGCCGCCUCCCCCGCCACCGGUGCCAGAUUCAGUAUCCAACGGGUUGUACCCCGCCCCUCCGCCGCCCGCCCCUCCACCUCCUCCGCCACCCCCUCCGCCUCCGUGUCGGACCAGCGAGCUCUCCUCCACUCUCCCGAUGCCACCUCCACCUCCGCCUGUGGCCCCCCCGCUUCCGGGCCCGGGGGGGUCGCCCACUGUCAUCUUCAACUCCGGGCUUGCAGAGGGACCACUCAAGUUAUUCUCGGUGAAGAUAAAGAAGCCGAUCCAGACCAAGUUUCGGAUGCCGGUCUUGAAUUGGGUCGCCCUGAAGCCGAGUCAAAUCAACGGCACCGUCUUCAACGAUAUCGACGACGAAGCCAUCCUGCAGGAUCUGGACGUGGAGGGCUUUGAGGAACUCUUCAAAACAAAGGCUCAGGGUCCGGCAAUGGACUUGACUCUGUCCAGACAGAAACUUCCCCAGAAGGCUCCAUCCAGAGUCUCUUUGCUGGACGCCAACCGAGCCAAGAAUCUGGCCAUCACGCUGAGAAAGGCCGGUCAGGGUCCAGAGGUCAUCUGCCGCGCCAUCCACAUGUUUGACCUGCGGACGAUUCGGGUGGAUUUUGUGGAGUGUCUGAUGCGUUUCCUGCCAACCGAAGCCGAGGUGAAGCUUCUCCGUCAGUACGAGCGAGACCGAAAACCUUUGGAGGCGCUGAGCGACGAAGACGUCUUCAUGAUCCAGUUCAGUCGCAUCGAGCGACUCAACCAGCGCAUGUCCAUCAUGACCUUCAUGGGAAACUUCAGCGACAACGUACAACUGUUAACGCCGCAACUCCAUGCCAUGAUCGCGGCAUCCGUUUCCAUAAAAUCAUCCCAGAAGCUGAAAAAGAUACUCGAGAUCAUCUUAGCUCUCGGGAAUUACAUGAACAGCAGCAAGAGGGGUGCGGUGUAUGGAUUCAAACUACAGAGCUUAGACCUGCUCCUGGAGACCAAGUCGACGGACAGGACGCAGACGCUGCUUCACUACAUCAGCAACGUGGUCAGAGAGAAAUAUCCCACGGCGGCGCUCUUCUACAACGAACUUCACUACGUGGACAAGGCGGCGGCAGUGAGUCUGGAGAACGUCUUGUGCGAUGUCAAAGACCUGCAGCGAGGGAUGGAACUCACCUGGCGCGAGUUCAGCGUGCAGCACAACGCCACCUUGAAAGAUUUCAUCAGCAGGCAUGAAUCGCGACUCAACAAACUUCAGGAGGAUGCGCGUAUAGCCCAGGACGCCUUUGAAGAUGUGGUGAAAUUUUUCGGGGAGAGCUCCAAAACCAUGCCGCCGUCCGUCUUCUUUCCCAUCUUUGUUCGUUUCAUCAAAGCUUACAGGCUGGCUGAGGAGGAGAACGAACAGCGACGGCGUCAGGAGCAGAUGAUGUUGGAGAAACUGGAACAGGAGGAGCAGCAGCAGGACGAAGAGACCAAGUCACCAUCUCACAAGGGCAAACGACAGCAGCAGGAGCUGCUGACAGAGCUGAGACGACGACAAGGAAAGGACAGCCGCCACGUUUACGAGGGGAAGGACGGCGCCAUCGAGGACAUCAUCACAGCUCUGAAAACCGGCCCCUUCACAGCUCGGUCGGCCAAACGUAGCUCUCGAUUCUUCUGCGACCCGGCGCACCCCGAAGAACACUACUGAAGCGGCAAAGAAGACCCAACAAAUUGCCUCGCCCACCUUGAAUUAAUGGCAACAAAAUGCACUUUGAACAUUUUGAAUUGAGGAGCACGGCGCUAUCCAAUCGGUCAGUCAGCGAGAUGGUGCGCCCUGGUCUUGGUCUUGUUUUCAAACACUGGACUUUCUGAGCCAAAUCCUUGUACAAAUGACGUGGAGGAUUCAUCAACUUGUGUGUCGACUGCUCAAGCAACAAAGCUGACUUUUAUCUUUGACGGAUAUUCACAAACUGAAGAUGAGCUGUUCCCACGUUUUUUUGUUUUUUUGGGGGGGUGUGGGGGGGUUUGAUGAGCUCUGCAGCGGACCUUAAAAAGCAACGGAAAGCACAUGCUGAUAUCUUGCGGCCCCCGACUGAGUCCCACAAGACUUUUGUACAAGUAUAUGUGAGUGUGGUAGUAAAAGCUUUUUUGGAAUCUUGCGAGUGAGCCAGAAUCUUUGGUCGGACUCGGGAGAUUUGUUAAGUGAAACGCGUACAGGGUCCUCUUACUUGGUUUGUGCUGUAUUUUCAACUGUUAGCGACCAAAUGUCACUUCAAAUUACAUUCAAGGACACAUUGUAAAAUCCAGCGAACAAAGCA